UUCAUUCAUGAAUUCAUUCUUUCUAGAGAAAUCUUCUAUAGAUGGGUUAGCUGACAACGUCAAAACAAUGUGCGCGGUUUCAUGUGGCAGAAGUCGGCGUGUUGUGAUUCUGGAUGGCCAGAAUGCUAGCAAGAAUAACAAUUAACUGCCACGUGGGGAAUCGUAAGUGGCUCGUUUCAGAGAGUUUCAUUUUGUUCUUGAUACCAUGUCUUGUUUUGAGGCAUUUGGACUGAUUUCAUGUCAAUGCUAAUAUGGCAAAACAUUUGCUAGCUAACCAACAACUGUAACAAUGUAUUUGAGAGACAAGUGCUUAUUGUCCAAAUGUAUUUACAUUUUCAAUAAACAUUGGAGAAGAAAUAUAGCUUACAUGUUAACAAUCUAAGCCAACCCAGUCCGUUUUGCCAUAGUUGUGCAUGCGUCGGUGUUGUUGCUAAACAACCAACCUGUCUAUAUGCUAUCAUGAAAAUUACUGGUAUGUUGUGUGUCCUAACAUCUGUCCUGGCUAUCCAAAUUAGAAGACUAGAGGUAGAUCCUAAGGAGUGGAGAUGUGAGAUACACUUUCCUUGGAUAAUAAAGCCUUCUUGCACAUGGUAUGCAAGGCUAAUAAAACAGUGACCAAGCAGAAUGGGAUUCCAGCUUAUUCAACCAAGCAAAGUAGACUGUCGUGUUCUUUAGCCCCCUAAUAAGAAGAAAAUGGACUGAAACGGAAGGAUUACCUGGACUUUGAAACAUUUUGCUACAGUGUACUGAACAUGAUCCUAUUCUCCACACAGCUCACUCAGUGACCGCACUUCGAGCCCUCUAACUUCCUGCAUUUGGACUCACCUGGUUUGGGGAUUGUUUGUGGUCCUCUAGUUUGGGACAGACACUAGGUCUAUUCUGGCUGUUUCAAACUUGGCUGAUGUGGUGUCACCUUCCUCAGUCUGAACGGCUGUGAUCACAGGACUCUCCACCUCAGUGUGACAGACUUAAGCAUGGCCCAGCGGUCCUCCCUCCUCACACAGCAAGUCCAUGGGCUUCCCUGAACAGCACAUGGUCACAGUUAGUUAAACUGUACCACAGUGAAUACGGUUACAUGCAGACAAUAAUACAAUUAUUGUGGAUAGUCAGAUUAAUAUAAUAGUUUAUAUGCUUUGCAAGAAGAACGAUUUCCUUAAUAAUCGUGCUUACAUGGACACAUCUGAAAUCAGGCUCCCUAUAAUGGGACUUUGAUAAAUGCAGAAAAUCGGCAAUCAAAAUAAAGGUUCUACCACCAUGUUAUAUUUGGGAAGCCUAGUUGAUUCUGAGUUCAGACAUAUAAAGUCUGUAUGUGAAAACAAAUUCUAAACUCCAUUGCGCUAAAGAGGGAGGCUCACACAGAUGGUGCUAGCACAUGCGCAGAUCAAAUACACAGCUGGAAAACCAAUUAAGGUGUUUACAUGUCCUAAUAAUUCGAAAGAUUAAUCAGAAAACCAGGUGUUUUAAAUUGGCAUAUGUUUAUGAUUAUGACAGUCUGCCUAUUAAGAUAAGCAGAGUAAGGCAUUUACCUGACCAAUGUCAAACUCGGCAGGGCUCUACGUGACAUUUUUUACAAGGAGCACGUGCUCCCAAGUUUAAAAUGUAGGAGCACACAGAAAUGUAGGAGCACAAUGAUAAAUAUUAUCGGUAUUGAAGCGGCAAUCAGCAGUUGAAUCAAUAAAGCAUUCUCCCAACACUGUUUCAGUAAAAGGUUUAGGGAUGAGGCUGUUUGCUUACUUUUAUAGAUUUUUUUACAAACACUGGAAAAACAAGCUUAUAUUUUGGCUACUGAUGGGGUACGACUGUUAAACUAAGCUUGUGGGGAAUUUAUAAAUUAUAUUCAAGAAUCAAUGGGUUUAUUAAAUCCCAAAAGUGAUGUAGUAACUGCAAAUUGCCCCUUUAAUGACAAUAAUUGCCAACCCUUACAAAACACAGGGUUCAGGAGCACCAUAAAAAAAGAGAUAUAGCCUACAUUGGGCCUACAUGAAUCCUAGCUACUGUACUUUUGAAGCACAUCUCCUGAAGAAUAUCUAACUUUUCCUUUCUUUCUAUGCCACCACGUGUUUGCAUACAAUUGAGCCUGCCGGACAGUGAAGAAAUUCUUACAAUUAUUACCUAGGCAAUUUUUUUUCUAGGUGAGAUCUUGAUGAGAUCCAGGUGAGAUCUUUUUUUUCUAGGUGAGAUCAACUUAAAAUUAGGUCUCUAAUCAAUAGCCUAACUGUUAUGUGCCUGGUUUUAUAAAUCAUCCAUAUAUCUAUCUACAGAAAUAAGACAGAUCCUGCUUCUGUUUGAGUGUUUGGUUGAUAGCCUACUGAUUCCGUGAGCCUCACGCAACAAUUUCACAAAAACAAUCUGUUUUAAAUAUCUUUGCUAUGCUGUAAAGACUUUACUUUUUUUCGUUAGACCAGCCUCACUGGUAUUAUUUAGAAUGUGUUUAGCAUUGUUUACACUGUUCCAAAUUGUCCGAAAAAUUAUAUUUAUAGGGCCUCCCGAGUGGCGCAGCAGUCUAAGGCACUGCAUCGCAGUGCUAGAGGCAUUACUACUGACCAGGGCUGUUCAUUCCGGGCUGUGCCACAACCGUCCAUGGUCGGGAGUCCCAUAAGACGGCGCACAAUUGGCCCAGCAUCGUCCGGGUUAGGGGAGGGUUUGGCCAUGGGGGCUUUACACGGCUCAACGCGCCCUAGCAACUCCUUGUGGCAGGCCGGGUGCCUGCAGGCUGACCCUGGUCGCCAGUUGAACGGGGUUUUCUCCGACACAUUGAUUCGGAGGACUUAUGGCUCUGGAUCUCAGCCUUGUAUAACCACCAUCAAGCUGUAGGCCUAAGAGCAUAUCCUGUUUAGUCUUUAUAUCAUAACUUAUGUGAGUGUGUGUGUGUAUAUAUAUAUAUACUACUGUAUCAAUCAAUCAUUUAUUAGUUCAUGUCAUCACACAAGUAAUUUAUGAUGUGAAAUGCAAUCAAGCAUUUUAGUUUUUUUAAAAGAGACCAUUGAAUAAUUAACGUAAACAAUAAAAUAAGCCUAAACUGUUCCAUUUCGGAAAUUGCAUUCACGAAUGCAUGCAACUGUUUAGUCUAAUGCAAUAAAGGCUUUACAAAAAAACAGACUGUGUGAUUAGAAUUUAUUUAGUCUUAAUUACAUUGUUCCAAAAGGUCAGAAAAAAUAUUUUGUAAUCUAACGGGACAUGCGAAGCAUACAUGUGUCACGUAAAGAGAGCAAGCGUUGAGGGAAUGUUUCCUUAAACAAAUUAGGGGAUUUCGGUAACAACUUUUCAGUCAGAAAUGUGAAAUUAUGUUGAAGCAACAGCAACACGGACAGCACUAUACACACACACUUACGUUAUGUGGUGGUCGCUGCAGCAGGGAGGAUAAAGAGAGAACAGGUGCUAGUCACACAGUCACUUGCCGUCUUUUUUCUUAACUCUUAAGGGAUCGGACCCUUUUUUUCAAUUUCUGCCUAAAAUGACAUACCCAAAGCUAACUGCCUGUAGCUCAGGACCUGAAGCAAGGAUAUGCAUAUUCUUGAUACCAUUUGAAAGGAAACACUUAAGUUUGUGGAAAUGUGAAAUUAAUGUAGGAGAAAAACACAUUAGAUCUGAUAAAAGAUAAUACAAAAAAAAAAACUUAUAUUUUUUUAAAGAGAAAGGCCAUGAAUUUAGGUGCAAUUUAGAUUUUAGCCACCAGAUGGUAGCAUAGUUUCAGGCGGAUCCAGUGAAGCAUUACAUUACUGCACAACAUUUUGAAUCAAGUCUGCCCAAAUGUGCCAAAUUGGUCAAUUGAUAUAUUUUUAAGUACAUAACUAUAGAGAACAUUGAAAAAAAAAAUGUAUUUAUUUUUUUAAAUUUACACACUCCCAGGAAGGUCAUACAUGGAUAAUUAGCUUCCCUACAGGAAAAACACUAACCUUCACACAUCUAGAUGGCUGGGCAGGGUGGGGCCAGAAACAGUAGGGGUUCAAACUGUAUGUUGGCAUAAUUGAUCUCUUUCAGGCAGAGUACUCCUGCCAUAUCCCUUUUUUCCACUGUAUUGAAAAAGUGAGAAAGAGGGAAAGUGUGUGGUGUUCCUUUAACCUCUAGUGGCAUUCAGCUUAAGCCAGGCCCAGCUACACUUGUUUAACAAGCAACGCCUCAUUUUCACCUAAUUCUCUCAUUCUGAAAAUUAACAACAUACUAUGGAGGGAAAACAUUAGUUCAUUAGCUAGUUAACCAUUCAGAUUGCCAGGGUCCAGUAAGAAACUAACGUGUUAUAACUUGAGGAACGUUAGCCCAUCUGAUGUUGUAACGAGCUGUCUGACUUUAUUAGCCAGGCCUAUUGCACCCCCUGUCUCCUAAAGUGGGAAUGCACCUUAGGACUAUAAUAAACAUAUUAUAGUACUGAUAAAUUAUAGUACUCUUUCUCUACUUUUGUUUGACGAUCUAAAUCAAUAGAGUCCCGAGAUUCAAGUUCAAUUAUUCCAUUUUCCACAAAGAGGAAGAACCCAUAGUGGUUUAUUGUAUAUGUACAGUAACAUAAAUAUGUAAAUGCAGUAUAUGAGGAUAUUCCAAGACGGAACCUGAAAACUGUUUACUUGAACAAAGAUUAUUAUACAUCGUAUUAUUUAAAUAUGGCUGUGAGAGUAAAACAGGUGGGGGGCAGACGGGGAUGUUUGUGAAGUCCAGUUUUCCAACUAACCUUUUCCAAACCUGUUCUGAGCAAUGUUUUUCUCGGGACCAAACACCAAGUGUGCAACUCUAUUGUCCGGACCUAGUAAAUAGUCUCACUGUAUUUGCAUAACAAUGUGGAAUUCAAUCUAAAGGGAGCAUGAGGUUGACAUGUGCUCAGUGUCAUAGGGGUAGAUAGAACAGUUUGUGCUGACAUGAUAACUCACGUGAUUUUAAUAACAAUGCUCUAUCCUUUUUCUCUGACACAUAAAAGGCUCUGGGAUGAGGACAGGCCUGUCCUGUUGACCUCCACAGUCAUGAUGGGUAAGAUCAUCUUCUACGAGGGCAGGAAUUUUGAGGGACGCCACUAUGAGUGCAGUGGUGACUGCGCUGACAUGCACUCCCACUUCUCCCGAUGUAACUCCAUUCGGGUGGACAAUGGGUGCUGGAUGGCCUAUGAGAAGCCUAACUUUUCUGGGUACCAGUACAUGCUGACAAGGGGGAAGUACCCUGACCACCAUCGCUGGUCCGGCUUCAACGACUGCAUCCGCUCCUGUCGCAUAAUCCCAGCUUACAAUGGAAACUACAGGAUGAAGAUCUUUGAGAGAUCAGACUUUGGGGGAAAGAUGAUGGAGCUGAGCGACGACUGCCCCAACCUGCAGGACCGCUUCCACCGGAGAGACAUUUCCUCCUGCAAUGUUAUGGAGGGCUACUGGAUCCUCCACGAGCACCCAAACUACAGGGGCCAUCAGUACUUCCUGCGCCCCGGCGAGUACAACAAGCACAGCGACUGGGGCAGCAUGAGUUCCACCAUCGGCUCGGUGCGUCGCGUCACAGAGCUGAAGCAAAACAACCAAUAAAGCCGUCUUUAGAUCGCUGUCUAGAUCUGUCUGACAGCCUGCAGAAGUCUAUACAUAUGUAGAGGGGAUGACAACAUGAGUCAAUCUCAGAAUAUGGCUGAUAUCAGGGAAUAAGGAGAUUGUCCUUUAGUAAUUAGACCACUUACUGAGAAUAUGGCUGGGCUGAAGAAAGCAAGCAGCGGAUUGGAAUCCUGGUGUAGAUUUGUAUAUAACAUUUAAAGGGCUUUAUGCAGACAGAAGUCAAUUUAUACAUACCAUCCCCUCACAUUGAAUAAUAAACGAGUGGACUGCAGGGACAGUAUACUUAAUUGUGUCACUAAUGCAGCAUGCAGCAGCAAAAACAUUUGCAAUUUUUUCCAACAGACUGCUUAAAUUGUGGUGUGUUUUUUAACAUUAUUCUGACCUAUAUCGAAAUACGUGAACUUCAUGUGUCUACGACAAAGUUACUUUGUUAACUUGUCAAUGUAGCACUGUUUGGAAUAUAACAUAAUCUUACCAGCUGAUGUUUGAAGUGUGAGGUAUUUCAAUGUUGGUGUUUUUGACGUUCACUACAAGUAAAUCAAGUUUGAGCAAUCAUAUCAAUCACAAUAAUGAUUCAUAUUAACAAAAAAAAACAAUAAAUCAAGGGGUACAAAAAUAUUAUUUCCCACCGUGAUUGUGAAACAAACGUGAUUGAGAACAUCAAGUACCAAACUGUACAUCAUAUUUAUUAUUCAAAGAAUCUGUGGCAUGAGGAACCAAAGAUAAACUUUCACUAUGGACCUGUACUGACAAACAUGUGACCAUAAACAUGAAAAACAGAAGGGGAAAAAAGUUUAUAUUUAAAAAAUGUAGUCAAAUCAAUUAGGGCCAGUUACCAAUCAUGAUUACAAAUCAUUUUUACCAUAAACAUUUAUGAGUGGAGGGGGGAGGCACAAAUUGCACAAAAUGUCCAACCUGUGGUGUCACUAUACAAAAACAUACUGCCGAGACCUAGUGCGGGGGGUUGACAGACACACACGACGAAUGGAUGGAUAUAUACACUGAACAAAAACGCGGCAUGUAAAGUGUUGGUCGCAUGUUUCACGAGCUGAAAUAAAAACUCCCAGAAAUGUUCCAUACACACAAAAGCAUAUUUCUCUCAAAUUGUGCACAAAUUUCUUGACAUCCCUGUUAGUGAGCAUUACACCUAUGACAAUAUAAUCCAUCCUCCUGACAGGUGAGGCAUAUGAAGAAGCUGAUUAAACAGCAUGAUCAUUACACAGGUGCACCUUGUGCUGGGGAAAAUAAGGCCAACACUACAGAUGUCUCAAGUUGAGGGAAUGUGCAAUUGGCAUGCUGACUGCAGGAAUGUCCACCAGAGCUGUUGCCAGAGAAUUGAAUGUUAAUUUCGAUACUUUAAGCUGCCUCCAACAUCGUUUUAGAGAAUUUGGCACAAUCGGCCUCACAACCGCACACCACGUGGAACCACGCCAGCCUAGGACCUCCACAUCCGGGAUCGUCUGAGACCAGCCACCUGGACAGCUGAUGAAACUGAGGAGCAUGUGUCUGUACUAAAGCCCUUGUGUGGAAUUUUAUUUUUUUCUGAUAGGCUGGUCCUUGCUCCCCAGUGGGUGGGCCUGUCUACCAAGUGGGUGGGGCUAUGCCCACCCAGGCCCAUCCAUGGCUGCACCCCAUCCCAGUCAUGUGAAAUCCAUACAAUGGGACAAAUUUAUUUAAAUUGACUGAUUUCCUUAUAUGAACUGUAAUUCAGUAAAAUCAUUGCAUUUAUAUUUUUGUUGAGAUAAAUAUUUAUGUGUAUAUACAUAUACAUACAGUACCAGUUAAAAGA